AUUCGCUGCCGGCCGAGCUAGUCCCAGCGACUUCCCAGGAGUCCUUUAAGAGGCGACUCGAUUUAUUCUAAUGGUCUAAGGAUAGUAUCAUACUAUGAUUUAUUAAUUUCCGUUUCCUCUUUUAUCGUUAACAAAUCCAUCUUCUUGCCUGGAGAUUAAGUGUAUAAACUUACGUAUUUUAUGGUGGUUUAUGGACACUAGUUUCAUUUCUGAAACUAAUUUUGCAAAGCAGCAGAGCAUUUUCUGUUACAAAUGUUUUCUGUGUCACGAGGGUUUCAAGUUGUUGAUGUGAUGUAUAAUCCAUAUUCCUUUCUCUCCUGGAAUUGAUAUAUGCAUUUGUAUAACCUUUCACAUACGUGUUUCCGUAGAUUUCAAAAGCGUAGUGGCUCACCGUUAUUUUAUUAGUUGGUCGACUAUUAGUUGCUGAUUUCCUUUUUCCCGAAGAACAAAGUGCUGAAAUUAUAGUGGAUAAUAGUUACCGUUGCUUUCGUGUAAGACAAUGUGGUAUCACACAGUUGUGGGUUAUACAGAAAGAUUCACCUACGAAGUCUUUGUGCCUAGUGGUGAUGAGUCACCAGUGCCAACAGUUUGCGACCUUGGCACAUGAAAAUAAACAGCCGAAGUAAUGUACUAUGUAUUUGUGAGGCACUAUGUUUACUACUAGACAGAUAAUGAAUUUCUUUCCUAAGGACUUCAGAAAAUUUGCUUAGACUAUUCAAUUCAAGUGAACAAUACUCAAGAGUCAGGAGUAAAUUAAAACAUAUGAUCUGAUGAUUUGAAACAUUUUUUCAACUGUGCUUUGGUGUAUGCUACUUAUGCUGAUGGGUAGAAUUAGUAUGUAGCAGCAAUCGAAAGUGGAGUGCCUGAUUGGCAGCAGAUUGAAAUAAAAAGAACAGGAGAGGAAACAGAGGAAUUGUAAUAAAAACAAUUGGUAGAAUCGUGAAGUAUGUGAAGGAUAAAUGAAGGAAGAUUUGCGGAUAAUGUACUUAUUGUAUGAUUUUCAUGUUUUAUGAACGCAUUCUGUAGUUUUGCACUGAAUAAAAAAUAGGUUUUCCCCACUUGAGUUCUCGUUUACCACGAUACCAUCCCUGUCUUAUAUGGAAUAAUAAUUGUAGCUCACUUUCCCACUUUUAGUGUUCGAUAUUCAUACUUCUCCCAAGUGUUUUGUUUUCUACAAAGAAGGGUAAGAAAACCCUUAAACCUCUGAUUAGCCAUUUGUUAUUUUUGACUUUUAAGAUAUCUCAGCACAAGAUUUAGGAACUGUUUGUUCAGCCAUAUAGACUCUGUGUUAUGAGAUUUCUCAAAAAAUAAUACUUAAGAGGGAUGUAUAAUCUUCCUAUGAAAGGCUGAUUUAUUUGAAAUGAAAACUGAGGAAAAUACGUCAUACAAUUUACAUGAAUAAUCUUUUUACGCUCUUCAUAUAUAUUUGUAUGACGACGUACUCAAAAUCAUAAGGGUAACUCAACUGGAAAUAUUAGUGCCGUUUUGGCAGCCAUUAGCAACCAUAAUAGGGUAUUGUACACUUUAUUCCUAUCUGUAACUUGUUUUUAGGAUAUGAUUGGUUGUUUUGGAUAAUGUCUGAUGUGUUCAGGGAUGAAUUCAACGCGGAUACAAGUAAUAUCUAUUUAAAAACCACUGCUCUCAUACAACAUAUAUUAUCUGCUACACAUGAAGAAGAGCAGGAGUUAAAAUUAUCAGGUGAUCGGGCAGCUCAACUACGAGAAGUCAAUAACAAGUUACGUGAACGCGUUACGAACGAUGAGAAGCAGGUGGAUUGUAUGAUAUCUAGAUUACAGACCGUGAAGCGGACAAUCGAAGAGUUACGUGCUUCUAUUGAGAAAUCUAAAUCAAUUAAAAUCGCUUAUUUGAAACAAAUUGAAUCUGAAAAUCCUCCUGAAGAUUCAUUUUUCCCAUGUGAAUUCGAAAAUUCUACACUGAUGCAAGUUUAUAAAAUGAUCCAACCAUUCGAACGCCUACUUGGAAUUCAAAUACAGAAAACGCACUCUGGGCUACUACAGUUGCUAUUUCAUGGUUGUUCAGAAGCGCUGGUUAGUAGUGAUGAAGUAAUUGUAUGCUGUUGUCAACUUCGUAUAGUAAAUACUAAUCGCUUUGAAGUCGUGUUGUGUGAUCCACCCGUACCGGAUCUAGAAAGGCUUGUAAACCACCUGAAUUGGACUGAAGAUAUACGGAGUUUUAUUAUUGUAUUAAGACAACGUUUUUGUCGUUACUUUGAAUUAGCUGCAGCAGUUUCGAAUAAAUUAAGCUCUGAAUGACUAAUGUGUUAAUGAGCAUUCUGACAGUGUACUCUGAUGAACCUUUGCUAUGCAUGAAUUUGUCAUAAUUUAUGUUCAUCUUGCGCUUAUAUCUUAUAAAAAGUAUAUAUAUAUAUAUAAUCU